AUGCUCCUCAUACCUUGCCUCGCGGGUUCCAAGCGAGGCGGCGCUUUGGCCCUGCUAUCAUGGGCGCUCUUUCUACUUGGCCCGUCGCUGGCGACAGCCAAAUCGGCCGCCGAUUACUAUGUACAUGAUCUGCCGGGCGCACCGUCAGAUGGUCCUCUGCUGAAGAUGCACGCUGGGCACAUCGAGGUCGACCCCAAAAUCAACGGCAACCUCUUCUUCUGGCAUUUCCAAAACCGCCACAUUGCAAACCGACAGCGGACCGUGAUUUGGCUGAAUGGUGGGCCAGGAUGCAGCUCGAUGGAUGGUGCGCUGAUGGAAGUUGGGCCUUAUCGUUUGAAGGAUGAUCAUACGCUGGAAUACAACAAAGGAUCCUGGGACGAGUUCGCCAACUUGCUGUUCGUUGAUCAGCCUGUUGGUACGGGCUUCAGCUAUGCAGCGACGGAUAGCUACUUGCAUGACCUGGAGCCCUUGGCGGGGCAUUUCAUUACCUUCUUGGAGAAGUUCUUCGAACUGUUCCCCGAGUAUGAGAGAGAUGACCUCUACUUUGCAGGUGAAUCGUGGGCUGGCCAGUCGAUUCCUUACAUCGCCAGGGCUGUCAAGGAACGCAACAAAAUCGCGAAGCAGGAGGGCAAGACGACGUGGCCACUCAAGGGCCUGCUCAUUGGCAAUGGUUGGAUCUCGCCCGCGGAUCAGUACCCAUCGUACUUUGACUUCGUUGAACGUGAGGGAUUGAUCACGCACGGGACCGAGAUCUACACGAAGAUGGACGCGCUCAACUCGUACUGUCUUACGCAACUGGAGUCGCCUGAGAAGAAGAACGCAGUUAGCCUCUCCGAGUGUGAGGGUGUUUUGGAAGCUUUUCUCCAGCUCACGGCCAAGAAUGGCAAAUGCUAUAACAUGUACGACAUUCGCAAGGACGACGUAACGGGAUCAUGCGGAAUGAAUUGGCCGAGUGACUUGACAAACGUGAAUCCUUACCUUCUGCGCAAAGACGUCAUUGCUGCUCUGAACAUCAAUGCUGCAAAGAUGUCUGGCUGGCAAGAGUGCACUCGCACCGUCAGCCAAGCUAUGACUCUGAAGAAGUCUCUUCCGGCUGUCCAGCUCCUUCCCGGCUUGCUUGAAUCGGGCGUCAACGUUCUGCUUUUCAGCGGUGACAAGGACCUUAUUUGCAAUCACCUUGGAACAGAGACCCUCAUUCACAACAUGAAAUGGAAGGGUGGUACCGGAUUCGAGACUGCGCCAGGCGUCUGGGCUCCUCGCCAUGACUGGACCUUUGAAGAUGAACCGGCAGGUAUCUACCAGCACGCUCGAAAUCUGACAUACGUCCUGUUCUAUAACGCCAGCCACAUGGUCCCCUACGAUCAACCCCGCCAAACUCGCGACAUGCUCGAUCGCUUCAUGAAGGUCGACAUUGCAAGUAUCGGUGGUCGACCCGCAGACUCGCGCAUUGACGGCGAAAAACUGCCACAGACCUCUGUCGGUGGCCAGGCUAACAGCACGGCCGCUGAACAGCAGGAAGAGAAAAAGAUCAAGGAAACAGAAAUGCAUGCGUACACCAAGUCUGGCGAGGCAAUUCUCGUGGUUGUCAUUAUCGGCGUCAUAAUCUGGGGAUUCUUUAUCUGGCGCAGUCGUCGCUCGCACAAGGGUUACUAUGGUGUGAAAACGAGUGAUAUGCAAAUGCCCCGUUCGGUUCUGGAUCGGUUCGGCAAUAAGCGCUCCGCGAACGAUGUCGAAGCGGGUGACUUUGAUGAGUCGGAAUUGGAUGACCUCCAUUCACCUGGCAUCGACCGUGAGCAUUAUGCUGUUGGUGAUAUCAGUGACGAUGACAAUGAUACUCACCCGUCGGCCGGAGAACGUGGGCAGCCUAGUCUUUCAUGA